AGAAUUGAGGAGACAGAAAAUUUUGAAUUUCUAAAUUCCAAUACGUUACAUUAUUUUUUAUUUCAAGAGGGAGAUGCCAAUAUAUUUAUUUUAAUUCUAGUGGCAUCUAUGACAGUUGUACUCAGGAAAUUUUGAUGAAGACUUGAAUCUCCAUAAUCAAUUUCAUUAUUACUUUGAUUAAAAUUAAAUUUUUGUUGAAUAACAAAAAGAAAGGUCUUUUUCCUCUUCAUCUGCCGCCGCCACUCCCCACAAUUCAAUCAGAUUGUAGAAAAGCUGCUCAUUUCUGAAGGGUGUGAUUCUCCAACCACCACGUUUUCAGCAAUAUAUAAAAGUGAUAUCACAAUAGUUCACAGCUGGAGUGAGUAUCUUUCUUUCUCUACCAAACUCUGCUGCACACUUUGACAGACAAAAAUGGAGAACAACGCCGACUCUUGUAGAGAUUUCGUCAAAGAUGUUAAGCGCAUAAUCAUCAAGGUUGGAACUGCUGUUGUUACUCGUCAAGAUGGUAGAUUAGCUGUUGGAAAAUUAGGGGCACUUUGUGAGCAGAUUAAGGAGCUGAACAUUCUAGGUUAUGAAGUUAUUUUGGUUUCAUCAGGUGCUGUUGGCCUUGGUCGCCAAAGGCUUCGAUAUAGGAAAUUGAUUCACAGUAGUUUUGCUGACCUUCAGAAGCCACAAGUUGAACUUGAUGGAAAAGCUUGUGCUGCUGUUGGACAAAGCAGUCUUAUGGCUACUUAUGAUGAUUUGUUUAGUCAGCUUGAUGUGACGUCUGCUCAGCUUCUUGUUACUGACAAUGAUUUUAGAGACAAAGAUUUUAGAAAGCAACUUUCUGAAACUGUGAAGUCGCUUCUAGCAUUAAAAGUUAUUCCAAUAUUCAAUGAGAACGAUGCAGUCAGUACUAGGAAAGCUCCAUACGAGGACUCUUCUGGCAUAUUUUGGGAUAAUGACAGUUUAUCGGCUUUGUUGGCCUUGGAAUUAAAAGCAGAUCUUCUUAUUUUGUUGAGUGAUGUAGAUGGUCUUUAUAAUGGCCCUCCAAGUGAUCCACAUUCAAAGCUUAUUCACACAUACAUUAAGGAAAAGCAUCAAAAUGAAAUUACUUUUGGAGACAAGUCUAGAGUUGGAAGAGGUGGAAUGACUGCCAAAGUAAAAGCUUCUGUUCAUGCAGCUGAUGCUGGCAUUCCUGUUAUCAUUACCAGUGGUAAUGCAGCUGAAAAUCUCACUAAAAUCCUCCAAGGGCAACGUAUUGGUACCCUCUUCCAUAAAGAUGCGCAUAAAUGGGUCCCAUUAAAAGAGGUUGAUGUACGCGAGAUGGCAGUUGCAGCUAGGGACUGUUCCAGACGGCUUCAGGCCGUAUCUUCAGAAGAAAGGAAACAGAUUUUGCUAAAUAUAGCCGAUGCCUUAGAAUCACGUCAGAAAGAGAUUAAGAUUGAAAAUGAAGCUGAUGUUGCUGCUGCACAAGAAGCAGGAUAUGAAAAAUCCUUAGUUGCUAGGCUGGUUUUAAAGAAUGAGAAGAUUGCAGGCCUUGCCAACAACAUACGAAUUAUUGCAAACAUGGAAGAUCCGAUCGGUCAAGUGUUAAAACGAACUGAGCUUGCAGAGGGGCUAAUUUUGGAGAAAACAUCAUCUCCUUUGGGAGUUCUUUUAAUUGUUUUCGAGUCUCGCCCUGAUGCACUAGUACAGAUAGCUUCCUUGGCAAUUCGAAGUGGGAAUGGACUUCUGUUGAAAGGAGGCAAGGAGGCUAAGCGAUCAAAUGCAAUUUUGCACAAGGUGAUCACCGAAGCUAUACCAGAUACUGUUGGUUCAAAACUUAUUGGACUUGUGACAACAAGAGCAGAAAUACCUGAACUACUUAAGCUGGAUGAUGUAAUUGAUCUGGUGAUUCCAAGAGGCAGCAACAAACUUGUUUCCGAUAUCAAGAGUUCCACGAAAAUCCCUGUUCUUGGUCAUGCUGAUGGAAUUUGUCACGUCUAUGUUGAUAAAUCUGCUAAUUUGGAGAUGGCAAGACAGAUUGUACUUGAUGCAAAAACAGAUUAUCCAGCAGGCUGUAAUGCCAUGGAAACACUUCUUGUUCAUAAGGAUUUGGUAGAGAAAGGCUGGCUCAAUAGUAUUACUGUCGACUUGCGGUCAGAAGGUGUUACAUUAUAUGGAGGACAGAAAGCAAGUUCUCUGUUAAAUAUUCCACUUGCUCGUUCAUUACAUCACGAAUACUGUUCGUUGGCUUGCACUGUUGAAAUCGUGGAUGAUGUUUAUGCAGCUAUUGAUCAUAUAAAUCUUUAUGGAAGUGCUCAUACUGAUUCCAUUGUCACAGAAGAUCAUGAAGUGGCUGAUGUAUUUCUUCGGCAAGUCGACAGUGCUGCUGUUUUUCACAAUGCUAGUACAAGAUUCAGCGAUGGUGCACGAUUUGGACUAGGCGCGGAGGUUGGAAUAAGUACAAGCAGGAUUCAUGCUCGGGGUCCGGUAGGAGUUGAUGGAUUGUUAACAACCAGAUGGAUUCUCAAAGGAAAUGGACAAGUAGUAGAUGGUGAUAAAGCAAUUAGCUACACUCACAGAGACCUAACUACUACUUGAUUUGUAAUUUUUGCUAGUGAAAAUCCACAUGAAGGGAGGGUAGGCAGAGAAGGUCCCUCUGUUGUAAUUUAUUUUCGUUAGACUUUUUCUUCUGUGUUGGGAGAGGUUUAAAUUGUACAAUAUUCAAUUGAGAGAAGUGAUGAUAAUUUGUGUUUGUUGCUGCUUUUGUAUUCAUUGUGUUUGUACAAUAAAAUUGGUGGUCGUUGUGUAGGAA